CACAGCUCGAGCAAAUCCAACAAAGCGGACGAGGAGAGAGAGAUCUCUGCGCUUUGUACGGCAGUGGGAGGGCUUGAAUGUGACAGAACUUAAUGGCAGCAGCGUGAAAUUUUCUUCUGGCAUGCCGGAAACAUUUCACGCAAAGGGAGCUUGUAUUUACAAUCGGCACAUCUUUGAGCUUCCGGGCAGCCCGUUAACCGCGAGUGACUGAUGCUCCGUACCGGCAGGAUGGAGGAGUUUGUAAUGGAGGAGGACGAGCCAUGGUACGACCAGAGAGACCUGGAGCAAGAUCUGCACUUGGCCGCUGAGCUGGGUAAAACCCUCCUGGAGCGCAAUAAGGAGCUAGAGGACUCACUGCAGCAGAUGUACAUCAACAAUGAAGAGCAGGUGCAGGAGAUCGAGUACUUGACCAAACAGAUGGAGAUGUUGCGCGAGAUGAACGAGCAGCAUGCUAAAGUGUACGAGCAGUUGGACGUGACAGCGCGCGAGCUGGAGAUAACCAAUGAGAAACUGGUGCUGGAGAGCAAAGGGUCUCAACAGAAGAUUGACAGAUUGACAGGCACAAUGGAGAUGCUGCAGGGGCAGGUGGACACGCUCACUGCUCGUGUGGAGGAACUGCGCACACUGGAAGAGCUCAGGGUUCGCAGAGAGAAGAAGGAGAGGAGAAAGACAGUGCACUCUUUCCCCUGCCUCAAAGAACUCUGCACCGCUCCCAGUUCUUCACCGGAAAUUCUGCUGUUAAACAUGACUGAAAUAACGCAGACUGAUGGCUUCAAUGGAGGCAUGCCAUCGAUUAACAACCUUGGAGCUCACGGAAGGUAUGAAGAUGGUUUCAUGGUGUCUGACCCUGGCAGCAGUGACCUAGAGGAAUGUCAGCCAGUAGACGAAGAGAACGAACACCUGCGCGUGAUGGUGAAAUCUUUGCGCGCAGCUGUGGCAGCUGAACGCGGACGGCGUGAGGCCGCCGAGCAGGAAUGCUCAGCGGUGCUACAGGAGUUUGAGCGCUUGGAACAGCGCCUCCUGGGGGCUGAGAAUUGCCAGCGCCGUGUGCAUGAGCUGGAGGCGGAGCUCCAGGAGAUGCAGCAGCUACGCAAGUCUCGCGCAUGCCUGCUGAGCGGCGAAGGCGGCCUGGAGCAAACGCUGCUUAACAGCGCCCCCGAGACAGAUAUGCCGGAUGACGGCAUUAUGACCGGAGUGCAGAACGGGGAUGCAACCGAUCAGAGCAGUUCAGCACCUGUCCGGAAGAGCUGCAGCGAUACGGCUCUGGACGCCAUCUCUGCCGUUGAUGCUUCAGGUAGACGGAAAGGCAGCUACGCACUCCACGCCAACGGCGUACGUAAGAGGGGUAUGUCCAUCCUUCGUGAGGUGGACGAGCAGUACCAUGCCCUUCUGGAGAAGUAUGAGGAGCUGCUAGGGAAGUGUAGACACCAUGAAGAGAGUCUACGUCAUGCUGAGGUGCAAACUUCCCGUCCCGUGUCCAGGGACCCAUCCAUGAAGGAAUGCCGGGCUGCCGAGCCCCAGAAGCCACCCACUCCACCGCAGACGCCCUCGACUCCAGAGGCCCUGGAGGGCAUCAGCCGACAGGUGGAGGCUGUGGACAAGAGGCUGAGCCAGAACACUCCUGAGUACAAGGCCCUCUUCAAGGAGAUAUUUUCUCGCUUGCAGAGGACCAAGAGCGACAUAAACUCCACCAAAGGGAGGAAAAGUGGAAAAUAGCCAAUUUGGGUCUUAAGAAAUAGUUCACCCAAAAAAGAAAGAUCUAUCAUUGUGUACUACAUUGAUGUCGUUCCACACCUGCAUGCUUUUAUAUAUUUUUUUUUUUCUUGGGAACACAAAAGAAACGUUAAUCAGCUCUUGCCACUCAACGUCAGGUCAUAGUGACCAAGGAGGACUGUCAAGCUCCAAAAGGACAAAAAACCAUUAAAGUAAUCCAUACGACUUUUGCACUACAUUCUAAGUCUACUGAAGCGAAACGAUUGCUUUGUUCACAAAUAUGCCACAUAAGUCUACUUAUAAGACUACUUUUAUGGUGCUUUAUGUUAUUGCAGCUUGAAAUACAUUGUCACUAUUUACUGCUGUUGUGUGGAAAUGAGCUGCAGUAAGAUUAUUCAUGAAUUCCUCAUGAAUUUCAAUGAGAAAAUAACAGCAUAUGGGUUUGGAAUGAAAAGAGUAAAUAAAAGAAUUUUCAUUUUUGGGUGAACUAUCCCUGCCACUUUUUUUUUUUCACCCGCUCAUUCAUGUAAUGUGUUAAUUUGUUGAAGCUACACACUGAAAGGUGACAUAAUACUCUUAACAACUUCCUGUUAAUAGAUUGGAAUAGCUGUUAUUUAAUAGAAUUCAAAUGUUUCCCCAAAUGGUGUGAUGCCACAUCAAGAGACAAAUGGUGACUUUAUCAGUUAAUAGGAAGUUGCCUUGUGACUAAUGCGCUUUUGCAGGUUUGACCUUUUAGGAAAAAACAUCUCUUAGUUUUACAGGAACCAUAUUCACCCCAAGGAUAUCUUUGAUGCUAAUUUCCGUUCUCACAGUCUUACCACGUGUAUUAAACUAUCAUAAUCACAGUGUUGUGUGACCACUUUCGUUCAAUUAAAUGACACUUUGUUUUAA